CAGUACCAUGCGAUAACACGUCGUAGGGUAAGCGUUUAUGAAUCAGAGUAAAAAUGUUGCUUAGACCUGUUUGGAUUGUUGCUGCUUUUAACAUUAUGAUUGUCAGCAGUUUCAUGACAAGUGACCUUGCAUGUUCAGGCGGCAGUGCAGAAAUCGAGAUUGAUGGCUACGAUCCAAGGGGUUUCAGAUUUCCACCUAAAGGUUCCAAUGGCUUUCCUGUGUCCACGACAUGUGUCUGGAAAUUCAUUACAGAAGCAGACCUGCGAAUUGUUCUUGGUGUUACGGAUAUAACGAAAGAUGCAACGGAUACAAUAACUCUGAGAGAUUCAAACGGGGAUAUUUUGCCAACUACAUCUGUCGCUGUUGGAACAAGAGAAGGUUUCGAAAUUGUUACCUCCACUGGAAAUUCUAUUUCCAUACAGUUAGACACGAACGACUCUUCUAACGACGAAGAAAUAUUUAUCUACGUCAUUUCUGGUGUUGAUUCUGGGACAUGUCCGGGAAAUUCCAAAAUUUCCGCGACAGAUGAAUAUCAAAUAAUAACCUCAAGUAACUUUCCUGACAAUUAUAACGAAAACGAAGUAUGUACAGUGUCGAUAACAGCCGACGAAAACAAAGUUAUAUCGUAUGAAAUACUUUUUAAACAAAUACAAGACUCAACAGCGUUUGAUGAGUGUGAGGAAGUUUUUGAAGUUUUCGACGGGUCAACAUUGGAAAACAGAAUCUUUGAUACUUGCAACCCAUUCUUACCCGGAAGGUUAUCCAAAUUGAAAACGACAAGUGUUGGAAGAACUCUCGAUCUUCGAUUCUUUUCAAAUGGUGGAAACGAAAAAAGUGGAUUUGUGUUGCUUUUUAAACAAGAAGAUGUUAAUGAAUGCUUGGAAAAAAACUGCUCACCAAGAGAUAUAUGUUUUGAACCCGAAAGUUUGAACGAGUUUGAGUGCAACGGACAUGCUGAAACUACUGAAAAGCGAUUCUUGUCCUGUCCAAACGAUGGAUCGGAAGUUGUUAUAGAUGUUCCUGAAUUUGAAGCACAAACGUUCUCAUUUCCACCGCCAGAAACAGACGGAUUUCCAAUCUCUACUACUUGUACAUGGACGUUUAAGGGAGAAGAAGGGUCAGGAAUCCUCAUUCACAUUUUUAACAUGACGUUUGAAGGAUCCGACAGUCUCAAUGUUGAUCAUGAUGCUGAAGUCCUUGGGACACGAAUAACUAUCGAAGGACCGCGCAUGGAAGCCUCAGAUUCUCGAUCUCGGUUCUCAAUAGAUAGUUCUAUGAGAGUCAUAUUGACAACAGACGACAACUUCAACAAAAUGGAGAGUUUUAUGGUAUCAGUUCUCAGCGGCAGUGAUUCUGGAACAUGUCCUGGAUCCAAGACCAUUCAAGCUACAGACAGUUUCCAGACAAUAACAUCGGCAAACUUUCCCAAAGCAUAUUUAUCCGACGGAGACUGUGACGUCACAAUAACAGCUGACGAAGGAACGGUUAUUGUUUUCUCUUUUCCUGCUCUUAUUUUCGAUGAUUAUCAGGAUAAAUGUCGUGACUACUUGACUUUGUCUUCAGAAAAGGAAACGUAUUAUACAUGCCGUCCAUUCCAAAAUGCAAUCAACAGCCAAACAACGGGAAAUAAUCUGCGCAUCAAAUUUAAAUCGGAUGGCAAUGGGUUUUUUGACGAGUAUGGAUUUGCUGUAACUUUCAAACAAAAAGCCAUUGAAGAGUGCAAACAGAAUGUCACAGGAACAGAGUCGGGUGUAUGUGACAUCAAUGCUGUAUGUAUCAACACAGACGGAUCGUUUGAAUGCGAAUGCAAGGACGGAUUUACAGGAAGUGGCCUUGCAUGCAUAGCAUCGACUACCAUGUCAAGAAAGAAGAUACUGCUGCCCCUGUACCUAGUCUGGUCCCUGGGGACAACUGUCAACGGAGCAAUGCUCUUGAUUCUACUGUACAAAAUGGCUGCUGCACGGAAUAGCGAUAUUUGGUAACCAUUUGGUAACCAACGGAACGCAGUUGUCCAUCUAUCAGAUUAAUAAAAUGUUGAUAAAUUUC